GGGGAGCAGUGAGACGUCGUGGCUCGCCUUCUAGGCUGCGGGAGGCCCCGGAGAGCGCCUCGCUGGUCGCGCGGUCGGCCAUGGAGACCUUGCGCAGAGCGCUGAUCGUGGGUGCCCUUCUGGGCGUCGGGGCUGGCGUGGGCUCCGCGCUCUUUGUCCUCGUGGCUCCGGGAGAGCAGCGGAAGCAGGAGAUGCUGAAGGAGAUGCCCGAGCAAGACCCGCGGCGCAGGGAGGAGGCGGUCAGGACCAAAGAGUUAGUGCUAGCCACUCUGCAGGAGGCAGCGGCCACGCAAGAGAACGUGGCCUGGAGGAAGAACUGGAUGGGCGGCGGCGGCGGGAAGUCAGCGUGAGCUGGGACUUCCGUCGUGGGCACUGGGACCUCCAUCGUGGGCACUGGGACCUUGCUCCCGCGCAAGAGUCGGAGGCGGCCUUUCUCCUCCGUAUGCCCAGCGGGGAGACCCGAUUGAGGAUGCCGCGCCCAGGCCUCCCUGAGGCCCUGGGAGCCGCUGCAGGGUGAGCACGUCCCCUAUCAAAAGAUGCACUGACUGCACUUUAACAUCCUACGUCGCGGGCGGGGGCGUCGGAUAUGGUGAACCCGAAGGAACCAAUAAAUCACGUUCCUCCGUCCAGUCUGUGAGCCCUGCAGUCUGGCGCCUCUAAA